AUGUCUACCUCCGAGUCAGUCUCUGACCACAAGUACUUCCCCAUCACGGGUAUCUCAGUGAAUUCUCAGGACCCAUCGAAGUUGGGUCCUGAGACUCCUGUUCCUGUUCGACAGGAGAUCGACUCAUGGAGCAGCAACCCUGCCAACGAGAAGCAAGUCAAGCUGUUUGUGAAGGCAUUGCAUCGCUUCCAACAGAUUGACCCCAAAGAACGGGAGUCAUACUUCCAAAUUGCUGGCAUUCACGGACAGCCAAAUGUAUUAUGGGAUGAGCAAGUUGAUGAGGACACCAAGGGCAAGGGAUACUGCACUCACAACAACAUUCUGUUCCCGAUCUGGCAUCGUGCUUAUCUAGCACUCUACGAGCAACGCAUUUCCGAAAUUAUGAAUCAAGAGAUUGUCCCCAAUUUCGCUGAGGACGUGCGCGCCGAAUGGCAGGAAGCUGCCCAGACGUGGCGUCUGCCUUUCUGGGACUGGGGUAUCACUACUUCGGUUCCUGAUCUGUGCAAAUACCCAUACACCUUUGUCCCAACCGCGGAUGGUACCGGUGAAGAGAGCAUCAACAACCCUCUUUUCCAAUUCCGCAUGCCGAAUAUGCUGCCUAUGUCCUCAUUUGGAAUGGACAACUUCAAGGAUCCCUGGGUUGAGGAUGAUAAAGGCGAUAUGCUAUUCUACGGUGAAUGUAUUGGAACCACUCGUUGGCCUGAUAAGGGCGAGACUGCCUCGGGUUCACACACAUGGAAGUACGGUGUGGUCAACAACUAUAAGGUGCAAGAGGCAAUGAAGAAGCCAACUUGGGUGGCCAAUUCGCCUUACGGUCAGCCAUCUGAGAUGGUCUAUCGUCUGUUGACAACUCCUAUGGACUAUACUACAUUUGCAACCACCGCUCAGUUGACAGAGGAUCAGAAUAUCGCGAAUGACAUCAACAUCGAGUACAUCCAUAAUAACAUCCACGGCUGGGUUGGCGGUGAUUUGAACGGACACAUGUCGCAGAUUCCAGUGGCAUCAUUUGACCCUAUGUUUUGGCUUCACCAUUGUAACAUCGACCGUAUCUUUGCCCUAUGGCAGGCCUUGAACCCGGACAAGUGGUUUGAGAGUUCGAAAGUCAACACUUUCUUCCAAACAAUCAUUGGCCUCCCCAUUGGAAGCACGAUCACCCCUAACACUCCGCUACGCCCAUUUCACAAAGAUACCGCGGGAACUCCGAUGAAGCCCGCGGAUGUUCGUUAUCCCUACAAGCUUGGCCACACAUACCCUGAGCUACAGACAUGGAAGUACAAGCCCGAGAACUACACCUCCGAGCCCUUCCUUGCAAGCCUCCGUAAAACUAUCAACGACCUCUACGGCAUGUCAAGACAGCAAUUGAUUGAUGCAACUGGCAAUAUCAAGGGUGUGGAGUACUUGGAGGACGGUACUAAGUCUCUUGACUAUUCGUUCAGUGUUCGUUACCGCAAAUAUGCCAUUGGUGGGGGUGAACCGUUUUGGAUUCGUAUCUACCUUUCUCAGGAUGGCAAAACGCGAAACGCAAGCCUGGAUUUGAUUACUGAACUUUACAACUUCAGUCAAAAGCCAGAAGACAAUUCAGGAAAGCUUGCAUGCAGUAACUGCAAGGACAACAAGCAGAACGAUAUCAGGUCUACUGCCAGCAUCUCUCUUACUCCGAUCUUGAUCUCCCUUCUGAAGUCGGGCAAGGACCUGGCCAGUAUGGCUAAGGAUGACGUUCUAAAGUUCAUCCAGGAGAGGGCUUACUGGAGAGUGUUCCAGGGUGCCAAGGAGCUGGAACACCAUGAGGUGGAAGCCCUCGACCUCAAGAUCAUCGGAAGCACAAACGAUUCAACCGUCUACAACGACGCGACGAAGGCUCCAAAGCUGGAAAACUUCAAGGAAGAGCCCUCUAUCUCUGGAGGACCAGGUGGUGCCCUGAAUCCCGAAUUCAAGCAGCCCGUCACAGUUGCACCCCCGGUGGUGCCUGCUAUUCCUAAGGCUGCUCUCAGUGUCAACUCCUUCCUGCCCUUCAAGGAGGUUCUCAAGGCCGAUGGCGUGGUAAUCAUCGACUCAGCCAGCUUGGAUCUUACCCCGGCCAAGACUAAGGACAUCGAUAACACUCAGAUCUUCCUCAACGAGGGCAAGAAUGGAGAUGGCAAUGUCCUGUUCUUGCUUUCCAUCAGACGAGCUGAGAACCAGAUUGUCUUCAACACCAAGAUCGACAACGCCUUUGGAAAGGAAGUCCGUAUCUCGUUGGAGAAGCGGUUCAAGGGUGAAACGCCUUCUAUCCUCAUUCAUGACCAAGGUGAUGGUUAUGAGGUGUUUAUCGACUGGAAGCAUGCCCUAUACUUUGAGAAGCGAGCCGAAGGCAAGGUUGCCCAAUCCGUGUCGUAUAGCGUCAACAAGGGGCAGACUCCUGCGUGGUCAUCUCGCCUGAAGGUGAAGGUGUACGCUUCGAUGAAGGAGGUGUUCCACCACUAG